AUGCUGAUAGAGACUGCAUCACUUCUCCUUUCUUUGGCCAGGUACGCAUCUCUGUGGAAAGGAUGCCUGACACUUUAUACAGGACGAGGAGGGGAGCUGCAUAAAAUUGGGGAGUUUUGCAUGGUAUACUCAGAAGUGCCAAACUACAGCGAGCCCAACUCAGAACACAUCGGGCAGAACAAACUGGCACAAGGUGAACAGAAUAAUAUUUCUGCAUCAAGUGGUAUGGGUACUUGUACUUUUGGGCCACUGGGAAAUGGUUUACAAACUGGACCUGAAGCAAGUGGAUUUCCAUUCAUGUAUAAUCACAGCCACACUUAUGCAGGUAGUGGGAGAGGCAAUGGACGAGGACCUGUAAAUCCAGCACCAGCUAAUAGUGUUCAGCCUCUUCCUCCUGCUGUCAGUAAUGGGAGGGACCCACGCAGGGCCUUUAAAAGAUGACUAUGCCAAAUGUGGUUGUACAGCUUGCUUAAACUCUACACUCUACUUGAGCACUUACUGCACUUUUAUUUAUAGUUAACUGUGAACCAGUUUGUCCUUUGUGUGGGUUUUUUUUUUUUACCUUUUGGUCUAUGGAGCAAACUUGAUGUGAUCUGUUUCUUGUUUUGCUUAGGGAAGCACAGUGAGUCUUCCCCAUACAUAAAGGGGUGGGGGGGAAGGUGGAUAUAAGAAAGUAAGAGUAACAGGUUGAAGUGUCUCAAUUAAAACUUGGUGCCCUUUGCGAAAUGUAAGAAAACUUCAGUUACAUACAUGUAUUUCUGUUUCUGUUGGUCAGCCAUGUAGCCUUAAUAGGUCUAUUAUGUCCUGUGCACAUGUGGUUUGACUUCCAUUAGAGUUAAUGGGAGUUCUUCGUAUUGGAAGAGAAACAAAGGGGAAGAGCAAAGAUGCUCUGGUGAGCUAGGUGUCCUUGGAAUGCAUACAGCUUGUAAAAGCAAUAAGUGUAAGCAGAUAGUGGUGCCAGACCUAGUGGUGUCUCUGGAAUCAGGGAAUGGAUAACUCAUAUCAACUCAAGUUGAAGACAUGGUGAGUGUCUUGAAGCUUGAUUCUGAUUCCAAAAAGGUGUGCACUACUUGAAAAUUCUCUAUACGACAUUACCACUGUCAAGGAAAGUAACACUGAUUUUUGAUUUGGAGAGAAGCUUACAUAUUCAUUCUUGCUUUGCAUGAGAUAGCAGAAUAUAGAAGGAUCUGAAUUCAGACAGUGUUGGGGAGUAUGCUGUUUGUAGCCACUCCUUGCAUAAAAGCUCAAGGUUACUUUGCGGGCGUCUGAAUUUCCAGGAGCGGACUGUUUCCAAAUGCUGCAUUACCCAUCUCUUCGACGAGGCUGCCUCCUCCUCCUUCCUUCCUUCACUUUUCCAAGUGGAAUUACGUAUUAAAUGAAGCUGUAUGUGUGGAUUGCAGAGGUACCGGCCAAGAACACAGCUGCACUUAUGCUGUUAAGCUUUCCUUCCUCUGUUUUAUAUGAAAUACGAGUUAUCCCUUGAAGAACCCCACCACCUCCAUGUCCUGGGGGGAAAAUAGCUGAUUUUAUUUCUGAGAUCACAAAUGCCUUGACUCUAGGUAAGAGUCCAGUGCCAUAUUUCAGAUCAGGUUCAAAAACAACUCGGAAACUGAGGUGUCAUACUGGAUUCAUCUGUUUAACUCUUCUUAACUGACCUCUCAAAUAAAAAAAUUGCACUAAUCACAUCAAAACAAAUCUAACUUUCUUUCUGUCAAGCCAUAAAGACUUCAUGACAAAAGGCUAUUUCUGAAUUGUGAAUUGUUUCUGUGGUCUUUCCUGUUAUUUGAAUCUGCCACUGUCACUAAUGUUUACAAGUUGUUUACAUUUGAUACUUCUGCUUUUGGUACUCUGUCAUGAUUUGUUGAAAAUUGCUUCUAAUUGGUGAAAGUUCCUUGCUUGGUGUGAAAUACUGAACUUUGUUUGAAAUGCAAGCAUCAGUAACAACAAACUUCUGAAGAGAGGUUUAGAGAGACCUGUAUGCCCAGACACCUGAGGGCUGUUUGUGUCUAGUAUGGUAAAGUGCUUUCCUGGUACCUGCUUCCAAGUGGAACUAGUGAAACUCGUUUUGGACACAAGAGGGUGGCAUGCCUCAUGAGAUCAUCCCUGGGUGCUGCUAUGGAACAAUGUGAUAAUUGGUGAACCAGAAAGCAUGUGGUGACUUCUGAGGAAAUGGUGUAAGGAGGUGACAUGUAACUCAGGGACUUUAAAUUGCUUACUUAUUUAAAUAAAUGUAUAGUUUAGAUGUACAGACAA